AUGGCGGGCACGGGAAAACAGCCGGACAGUGAUGACCCUCCAACUCCACAGAGACCCGUCUCUUCUUUGCUGUCUCACUUUGAGAAUUUAGCCCAUCGAAGAGCACCCUCUACUGCAAACGCUAGCCCGCGAACCUCAGCAAACUAUUUGGCAAACCCCGAGGCAAAUGAUGGGCUUCGUUCUUCAAGCCGCGCCUCCCUCGACUUGCCCCGUCCGCAAUCCCCAUGGACUCCAACCGAGGAGAGACCGAACCAGUUCUUGCACUCAAAUGGUGAUCGCCCCAAGGAUCGCGGAUUGUCCGAAAGACGAUAUGGCCGGCCCAUCUCAAUGAAUUUCCACCGUUCUACUCCACAACUCCCACCGACGUUGGCAGUCCACUCGCCCCAGUCACCUCCUCGCGGACAAGAUCGCGACGAUGUUUGGUUGCAGCGAGAUGAAACCCGUAAAACUCGAAGUCCAGGGCAUCGUUCGCGGGAAUCAGCGUCUGUUUCGCCCGCACCACCUCGGCCGUUGUCUCCGAUCCCGAAUUUCAGGUCGUCCACUUCUGGAAGGGACACUAUUCCGCAGGUUUCGCCUGCAUUUUUGCGCCCCAGUCUCACGGGGAGCCCAGCUGACCGAAAACUGAAGAGCGCCUCGUUGCCACCCCCGGCUAACCGCGCAUCAAAACCGAAAAUUCCGGCGAAACCGGCUAUCUUUUCUCAUCCAGAUACAGGCAAUUUGGCUCCCCGGUCUGAAAGACCUUCCCCUGAUCGAAGCGUGUCACCUUUCAACACCCCUCCAAGUAGUCCGGAGAAGACUUUACCAAGGCCGAUCUCUACUGCAAACGUUAGCUCUAAGCCACCACCAGGUCGACCAACAACGGAACCUCCCAGUCGACGCUCAUUCGAUGAACGGUCACCUGCUCCGGCAAUCAGUGCAAAGCACGAUGCUAGAGAGAUGGGAUUCUCAAGGAGUCGACCUGUGCCGGAACCCUCAAGGGCCUCCAAGCCUUUGAUGGUACAAAUUCCCUCUACCCCUGUGGAUGCUCCACAAUCAGCUUCGACGGCCCCCCCUCUCUCCGCACAGAGGCUUCGAGCUAGCGAUAGCCCCUAUGCUCGCCCAGGGCUUCCCCCACGACCCUCUGGGGUACCACCACCACGGAGGGAUGGAGUCUCUCCAGUCAGGGAGUCUCCCCAGCAUACAGGCCGUUUUGAGCAGAUGACGCCGGUUGCCAGGUCCGCACCCGCUUUCCCACGUAUUGGCGACUCCUCAGCCCCGAAACCUAUUCAGCGACAGCCUUCUCAACCUCGUGACUCCCACCUCUCUUCUUCGCUUCCUGAGCGACGUGUGGCGCGCACAGACACAGAGGAAGACGAGCAAAUUGAAGAGCCAGCUAUCUCACGAACAGAUUAUCCUGAUGCCUCAAAAGCCAAUCGACGUCCUCCAUACCUCAAAACUGGACCGAAGGAGAUCUUGACGAAAUAUGACACCCGAUUACUGGCUGUGUGUGGCAGAUACGUCUGCACAACUGGGUAUUUGACUAAAGUUUGGGAUUUGACCACAGGCGAACAAGUGAUGAGCCUCAGUCAUGGCGAGACGGUAAAAAGCUUAUCUCUUGCGUUUAAACCAGGAAAAGGUUUAGAAGACGAGGGUGAGCGUAUCUGGCUCGGUACCAGCGCCGGAGAUAUCCACGAGGUCCAUAUUCCGAGUCAAUCCAUCGUGGCCACCCGAUCAUACCCAUCCCGACGGGAGGUGAUCCAGAUUCUACGACACGGCAAAGAAAUGUGGACAUUUGACGAUGAAGGUCGGCUACUUAUAUGGAUGCCAGAUGAAACUGGCACACCGAAUUUGCAGUAUAGCUACCAUAACGCCCAUGAACGCGUAGCCCGAGGUCACACCUUUUCCAUGGUGGUUGGAGAUAAACUUUGGAUGGCAGCUGGAAAGGAUGUGUAUAUCUAUCGCCCAAAUGCGGGCGAUGACGCUUCAUUCAAAGUCUUUAAACGACCUCUUGGUCUGCAGCACUCUGGUGAUGUGACUUCUGGAACUUAUUCCACACAAGAUGGCGGCCGUGUCUAUUUGGGACAUUCCGAUGGUAAGGUAACCGUCUACUCUGCGACUGACUUCACGUGUUUGGCGGUGGUCAACGUCAGUGUGUACAAGAUCAAUUGCCUUGGUUUUGUCGGUGACUAUCUCUGGGCUGCGUAUAAGACCGGCAUGAUCUAUGUCUACGAUGUGACCACCAAUCCUUGGACAGUGAAGAAAGACUGGCGCGCCCAUGAUAGCCCCGUUUCCGGCUUUGUGUUGGACAUGAGCAGUGUAUGGACCAUGAAUCGUCUGCAGGUGACCUCGUUGGGCACUGAUAAUUGCAUUCGUCUUUGGGAUGGUAUGCUGGAAGAUGAUUGGUUGGAUGCACGCAUGCAAGACAGAGAUGUAGAGUACUGCAAUUUCCGAGAGAUCAAGGCUGUUGUUUUAACUUGGAACGCUGGUGCUUCUACGCCUGGUAGUGUGAGGACGUCUGAUUUCAUUAGAGAUGCAGUCACCCCGGAAGACCCGCCAGAGAUCUUGAUAUUUGGAUUCCAAGAGCUGGUUGAUCUUGAAAAUAAGAAAAUCACAGCCAAGAGCUUGCUCAUGGGCAGCAAAAAGAAAGAGAACGGCGAGAAGGAGCAUAUGAGUCGUCAAUAUCGAGUGUGGAUCGAUCAUCUUACCCGCACUCUUCACGAAUGCAUGCCCUUGGAGGAAUCAUAUGUCCUGUUGCAUACUUCGAACAUGGUGGGCUUGUUUACUUGUGUUUUCGUCAAACACAAGGAACGCCAUAAUAUCAAAAACAUUAGUGCUUCAGAGAUCAAGCGCGGUAUGGGCGGUUUACAUGGCAACAAGGGUGCUCUUGUCUUCCGCUUUGUCCUAGACGACAGCUCAAUGUGUUUUGUGAAUUGUCAUUUGGCAGCCGGACAAACCCAGACCGCAAACCGGAACAAUGACAUCGCCGCGAUCUUAGAAGCCGAAUCUUUGCCCGCCGAAAGCAACAUGGCCCUUCGAAUAAACCAAUUCGCCAGUGGCGGCGAUGGGACCAUGAUCAUGGACCACGAAGUGUGUAUACUGAACGGAGACUUGAAUUACCGAAUUGACGCAAUCCCUCGCAACGUUAUAAUUGAUGCGAUUCGUCAGAACAACCUCUCGAAACUCUUGGAUAGAGAUCAACUGCUUGCUUCGCGACGGAAGAACCCCGGUUUCAGACUACGCAGCUUCACUGAGCGACCCAUUACCUUCGCGCCGACUUACAAGUACGACGUCGGCACAGAUGAGUAUGACUCAAGCGACAAGAAACGCUCCCCCGCCUGGUGCGACCGCGUUCUCUACCGUGGCCUGGGUCGCGUCAAGCAGCUCGAUUACCGUCGACACGAGGUCCGUGCCUCCGACCACCGACCCGUCAGCGCGGCGUUCAAGAUUCGUGUCAAAACAGUUCUUUCUCAGGAACGGGCUGUAACGUGGGAUGUAUGCAACAAGGAGUUCCAGGAAGAGAAGCGCCGCUUGGCUUCUGAAGCAAGCAUCGAGUAUCUCAUUACUGUCCUUGGCACAGAUCCCCGCGAAGCUCGUGCAUUGAUCAUGGGAAAGAAAAAAUAG